CUUCUCUUGGCUCAUCAACAACUGAAUCUGCGCUUGUAUUAAACUUACUAUUUAAAACAUGUGACAGACACAAGUAUUGGUUUAUCGUAAGUCCACUUCGUAAUAGAUAAGUCGGUGAAAUUACAAAUGUUACAAAGAACAGUAUCUCCCGUGUAUGUACUUGCUGUAAUAUACAUGUUCAGUAUAAUUGGACCAGCUCUCGGAAGUGAAAAAUAUGGAGACUGUGUAAGGUAUGCAGAAGGGGAAACCAAACCGGAUCUUCCAAAUGGUGACAGAUUUUGUAAUUCAAGAGUUGGAUGGGAUUAUGAGUAUUGCAUAGAAUUUAAAUGUCCUCCAACGGCAUGUGAACAACCAUUAGUUGCACCGUAUAAAAAAUGUCCAUAUUGUAAAGGCACUUGCAGUUAUGGAGGAAUCGUUUAUCAAGUUGGUGCCUCGUUUCUUUGCCUUGAUAGAUAUAACAGAUGUCACUGUCGCGAUGGAAAUAGCACACCCCAUACAAAAGUAGGUGUACCUGCAGAAUGGAUGUGCUUGAAUAAAAAACCAUAAAUAUAAUAAAAUAUAAUUAAAUAAAAGAAAGAAAGAAAACAAAUGUUGGAAAUCAAAGGUUGUUCUAGACUUUUCCAUUAGUUGUUAGAAUGAUUGAAAGGAUCUUAUUGCUGUUAACAUUUUGCAGCAGUGAAUCCUACGUUUCACCAUUAUACAUCUUUUUUGGCAUAAAAUGAUCGCAUGUUUAUGAGUAACUCAAAAUUGACAUCAUGACUAUCAAAAUUGUUUAAAAUUCUCUAAAUAUAAAUAAGAAUGAUGUUUAAAUCAUUAAACAAAUAUCACAUUCCUGAAUUGGUAAAGGCAUUUCCUUAUGAAAUAAAAGGAAACUUAAACUUGGUUUUAUCACUAGUAUGACAGUCACAUAAAAUUCCAUUACAUUGACAAAGAUGUUCGAACAAAACAAACAAAUUUAAUAGGUAAAAAUGUCUAAGAUAGAUGUGCACAGUCAAUAUGGUGUUAUAAUCUAAAUUCCCCUCGAAGUUUUACUAAAUAACAUUUUUGUUUGCUUUGGAGAUUCCAUAUAUCGUCCAAUUAUCAGAAUUUACAUGGGGACUAACUGUGCACCACUUAUUGUGGACUUGUCUCUGUAUUGUUAUGAGUUACAAUUCAGGACUAAAAUAUAAAAAAUGACCUAUCGAAACAACACCUAAUACAAACAGAUGAUAAUAUCUUUAGAUAGUUUAAUGAUCUAUUGGCUCUCAAUAAUGACGAUUACACUAACGAGAUUAAUCGUAUUGAAGUAAUUUUGCAUACAGCUAAAACUGAUCAUGAACACUGUCCUUUCCUUAUAAUUGAUAUCUAUAGCAUUACAGAAAGCCUUAUACCAGUUGUUUUUUUUUUAAUAAAAGAGAAGAUUUUCA